AAUCAAGAACACCACCACCACCCCCAUUAGGAACUCAUCUUCACCGACUCAACACCGUCGUGUUUCACAAAAAGUUCAUAUUUUUUUUUAUUGAAGCUUAAUGAAAAGUCCAUAGUUGCGCCGCGUAAGCUUCAUCUGCUCUCAUUUCUUCUUCUUCUUCCCCUCUUUUUAAAUCCCCCCUGUAUCCUCCCUUACUUCCCCUACUCGUCCUCUUUCCUGCUUCUUCGAAGUGAGAAGACGACAAAGAAGAGAAAUCAUGGGGAAUUGCCUCAACAGUCCGGUGAAAAGGCUGACUCCUUCUACAACGAGAGCUUCCAGCCCAGGGACUUCAGCUGCAAGAGGGGCUAGCAAUUUUACAUCUAAGCUUCCGAGCUUUAGCAGCAGCACAAAUGAGAACUCAAUUGACAUUGAGGGGUUUUCUGAGGGGAGGAUUUUAGAGGCCGCAAAUCUGAAGGUCUUUACUUUUGCUGAAUUGAAGAGUGCCACGAGGAACUUUAAGUCUAGCACAGUUCUUGGCGAAGGAGGUUUUGGGACAGUUUAUAAGGGAUGGCUUGAAGAGAAGACUCUGAGUCCUGCAAAAAGUGGGAGUGGCAUGGUGGUUGCUGUUAAAAAACUGAAAUCUGAAAGCGCGCAAGGUUUGGAGGAAUGGCAGUCUGAAAUAAACUUCUUAGGGAGACUUUCACAUCCCAACCUCGUCAAGCUCUUGGGCUACUGCUGGGAGGACAAGGAACUCCUCCUUGUAUAUGAAUUCAUGCCAAAGGGAAGCUUAGAGAAUCACCUCUUUAGAAGAGGUGCAGCUUUUGAGCCACUCUCAUGGAGUUUAAGGAUGAAGGUAGUCUUAGGAGCUGGCCGAGGCCUUGCUUUUCUGCAUUCAUCAGAAAAGCAAGUAAUCUAUAGAGACUUCAAGGCUUCAAACAUCCUUCUAGACUCUAAUUACAUCCCAAAGCUCUCUGAUUUUGGGCUAGCAAAGCAUGGACCAGUUGGUGGUGACUCCCACAUUACGACAAGAAUAAUGGGCACCUGCGGUUAUGCAGCACCAGAAUAUGUUGCUACAGGCCAUCUGUAUGUCAAGAGUGAUGUUUAUGGUUUCGGAGUAGUGUUGCUCGAGAUACUUUCUGGUCUGCGUGCGCUUGACUUGAGUCGACCGAGCGAGCAGCACAAUUUAGUAGGUUGGGCUAAACCGUUUCUCUCUGAUCGAAGAAAGCUGAGCCGCUUGAUCGAUCAACGGCUUGAGGGUCAGUAUCCAACAAAGGCUGCGCUUCAGGCGGCGCAGCUCACUCUUAGAUGCCUCGCCGGCGAUCCUAAGAGCCGUCCGUCGAUGAAGGAAGUGGUGGAGACUUUAGAGCAAAUUGAAUCUAUAAAGACGAGAUUGAAAGCGGGAAGAGCGAAUAGCUCCUCGACGACAAUGUAAGAGCAAAGCCACCAUUAGAAGAGGCUUGUGGAGUUCGGAUUGAUUGUAUUUGGUAAUAUUUCAUCGCAAUACCAUCAAAUCUGCACCUACCUUAUCCGCACGUAGGAUUGGAAAGGAAGGUUAGGGUGAGGAGGAAAUAUUACGUACGGAUAAUGUAGGUGCGGAUUACUGGUAUUAUAAUGGUAUUGUGGUGGUAAUAUAGGUGUUGAUUUGGUGAUAUUACAAAACCACCACAAUACCAUCACAAUACACCAAAUUCGCAUCUAUAUCAUCUCUACGUAAUAUUUCUUCUAAGGUGCGGCAACUUUACUGCUUGAUUCAGGUUUAUGGAAAGCGUUGCUUUGCUUAAUUGGUUUGAUCUGCUGCAGAUCAAACUACAAUUUUGCUGUUAGUUUUGUGUGUGAAUUUAUCUUUUUUGUUAAAAAAGCUUCUUUUGGUUUGAGUUGGAAACGAUGUGAUGAAUGAUUAGGUACAAUCACUGUAUUUGAAUUUUAUUAUUGUUUUUGUUGUAUGAAAUGUAAGGAAGUCUGCUCUCAAAGAAUGAUAAAACUACUAUCUUAAUUCCUUGUGA